CUUGAGAUCGCGCAUGACUUCCCAAGAGGCUCCCAAUAUCGGUCCCUGACAGCCUCCGUAACCAUUUGAGCUCAAGGUGGAGUCCGAGCAGGCACGUGCGCGCGGCCCCGAACGGUGAACCAUGGGCUACCAUUGCAACCGAUACGCUCUCGCAGCCGUCACCGGGCUCGCGGUCGGCUUCAGCCUGGGGUUUGCCGCGGUGGCGAGACCAUCCGACCUGGCGGAGGCCUCGUGGCGAGACUAUCCGACCUGGCGGUGGCGAGACUGUCCGACGUUCGGUAUCCAAGGGCUGCAGGAAAGCGGGGCGGCGGCAACAAGAGUAAUCGCGCCUUCAGGGUCGCCGCCCGGGCGGCCAGCGCUGCGCGCGGGCGAGCCCACCACAGGCGUUGGCGCGGCCGUGCCUGUGGCCGCAGCGACCGAGCGGGCCAGACCCCUGGUCCCGGCGGCGGCGAGCGUGGCGCAGGAGUUCGGCGGGAUCGAUGGGCUUUGCAAGCAUUUCGGCUGGACAGCUCGUCCAGAGGGUCAGCGAAGACCCCGGCUUUUUUACGGCACCGUCGUCGGGAACGACGGCCAGCAGGACGUCUAUGACCUGGCUUUCGCAGAGGUCUAUCCGCUUGUUGAUCGAAUCGUUGCUGUGGAUCCUUUGAUGACCCAGACAGGAGCUCCAAGGCAGCCGAGCUUGAACAUGUCUGAGGCGAGGUGGAAGCGCUAUGGGGACAAGCUGCGGCACAUCGUGUUGGAGAGUCCGGUCCAGAGUGGAACCCACAAACUAUUUCCGAAAUGGUCUUCAGAGCAGCGGGAUAAGUUGAGCAGGCCAGGGCAUCACCACGGCGGGGAUUUGAGCCUCUUGGAGGAGUGGACCCGCGCCCAACUCCAAGGGGGCUUGCAGGACUCUGCGGGCGCAUGGGAGUUGCACAAAGAGGACAUCCUCAUCGUCGCGGACUCUGACGAAAUCCCGCUUCGUGAGUCUCUCGUUGCCCUCGUUGACUGUGAGAGCACCGUGUUCGCGGAGGUGAAGCGCAAGCUGGCCGGGGGCAUAAAGCCACAAGACGCAUGCGCUAAGGACGCGAAGGUCUUGUUGCAUUCCCAAGUGUUUGAGUAUUACAUCGAUUGUCCCACCACCGUUCCUGCGUGGUGGCACCCAGACGCUAUCCUCGCCGUCUGUGUCAUGGAUGGCGGGAUCGACAUGGAGGAGGUCCGCACUGGCAGCUCUGGCAGUAUGACGUCUGUCGUGGCCUCUCGUCACAUCCACAAUUUUGCGAUGUCCAACGAUGAUGUCAUCUUUAAGUACACGCACUACAUGGAGCCAAGGGUCGCAGGUCUGGACGCUGGGCUGUCAGCUCCGACGAUUGACGAGAUGCGCUGGCGAGCCUGCGACCCGAAUGCACCAGACAUUGGGCCUGGCGGCUGGUACAUGGACGUCAGGCCGUCCAACGAGUUCGUCAACCCGAACAACAAGCGUGGGUACCAGCUGCGCGCGGAGCAGCGGCGUGGGAUCGACAGGCCUUUCGCGCUGCUCGAGGAGAAGCCAGAGUUGGCCGCGAAGACCUUCUGGAAGGGACACGACGAGCACGUGAACCCCUUCGUGGGGAAGCCUGGCGGGCAUCACGACUUCUCGCCAGGCUGGCAGGAGAAGCGUGGGAAGCCAGGGUGGUGAUGCCCUCGGGUCGGAUCGGGUCUGGCAUGGCAUUCGGAUGCAGUGCGGAACACCGUUGCCCCGCGGACUGAGCUCGGACAAGACUGCCCAAGGGGCCUCCGAGAGGUCCUCCAGGAGGGCGCGAACAUGCUAAAAUCAUUGACGUUGCUCUGCAUUCCGACGACCCAAGACGGCCCAAGAGGUCCCCAAGAUCGCCCCUAGAGCGCCCAAGAGGCCUCCAAGAUGGCCUCAGGA